AUGCCAUCCAAUUCCGACUCCAAGUCAUCAUCAAAACAAAAAGGUGAUGCAAAUAAGAAGAAAUCGAAAAAGCAAACACCAAAACGAAAGAAUAGUACAUCAUCAAAUAAUAAUAAUAAUACUACACAACAAAAUCAUAGUAAUGCCAAACAUGAAAAGGCAAAUUCAUCAUCACCUUCUCGAGAAAUGAUAGAAACUUCAUCAUCACUAGUAGUGUCAUCAUCAACAGAUAAUAUGGACCAACAGAAUAUAAUGGAUAAUUCCACACCAAACACAAUAUUUGAACAACGAAAAAAGUUUGCAUUGAAAAAGAUAAUUGCAGGCUACACUAAAGGAAUUUCAUUUCUUCAUCAUCAAAAGUAUGAAAUUGCUAUAGGAUGUUUUACAACCUCUCUCGGUUUGAAACAAAAUUUAUAUGUUACCAUAGUGAAGGAUGAUGAAGAAGGAGGAGUCUUGGAUGAUCUACAAAAUUGUCAAACACAGGAACCUCCUUUUAUAUUGGAAUCAACACUUUUUGAUGAUGACCAACAUAGGCAGGAUUUACACUCAUCUCUGGGCUUUCAUGAUAUUUCUUGUUCUUCAAGUUCUCUUCCACUUUCUCCUUGUACCUUUACAUUGUAUAUUUUGAGAGCCAUAGCAUUUAUCGGACAUCAUGUAUAUUCUAAAGCAGUUGUGGAUUGUGAUUCAGUUCUGCGACAAAAUUCUUCCUAUCAUUCAGCUUAUAUAAUUAAAGGACAUGCUCUUAUAUGCAUGAAGAAAUAUAAGGAAGCAUAUAUGAAUUUCACAGCACUUUUAGAACAAGUCAGUAUCAAUUCACAAAUGGAUUCCCAGGAAAAAAAUUAUCAAAAUAAUAAUGGAAGACAUUCACACAAGUGUGAUAUUGACUUUACAUUACUUUUGGGAAGUAAGGAGGAUGUUUUUGAUAGCCUGAGAACUCUACAUGGAACAUCAUAUCAUAUUAAUGAAAUGUCAAAGAAACAAAACAAAACCAAAAGUGAUUUGGAUGCCUUGGAACAAUCAGUAGUUAAUAUUUGUAAAUAUUGUGAUUAUUAUGCUAAAUCUAUUGUGGAGUAUGAGAAGAAAAAAUGUGCAGAAGUUUUUGGUUAUAAACCUUCAAUGGAAGAAAUAUCCAAUGAGAUGGAAUUUCAAAAUUCUGAAAACUUUACCGAUUACGACGAAGAUCUUGUAAAUGAUGAGAAUGAUUUUGGAUUAAAUAUUUUGGACAUUUAUUGUCUUGCCUCAUCUCCCACUGAUAUAAAUUGUAGGAGUAUGGGCGCAGUAUUACUCGUAGAUUAUAUUGCUAGUGCAGUAAAUGAAUGCUCUAGGGCCAUGUCAGAAGAUUUUGAUAAAAUAGACAUACAAAAUAAGAAGGAAAACAAGAGUGUUCUGGAGGAAAUAUUCAAGGAAGAGGAGGAACGAUCUCUAAUUUUAAAUGGUAUUGAUAGUAUAUUGGAUUCUCUGUGUUUGUGGGAUGAUCAAGAAUUGAAACUCUUCUCAACAAGAGCAGUAACUGAUUUGUGUAGUGUGGAUACUGAUUGUUCACUCAGGAGAAGAAUUGUGCAAUAUGAGGAUGGCGAUGCUCUAAGACAAAUCAUUCAACAACUUUCCUUGAUCGAUUAUAUAAUUCUUGACAUUGGAGAGUGCGAUCAUCAAUUAUGUGACCUUUUGGAUGCCUCUGUUUCUGCUCUUGCUUCUAUUGCAAGAGGAGGCUCUUCAGAUAUUAGCAGAACUAUUUAUGAAAUGAAUGGACUUGUGGCUCUAUCUCCAAUAUUACUACAAGUCUCUAGAUCAUUGGCUGUUCAACGAAUGCCAGUUGUCAAAGCUGUAUAUAUUGCCCAAUGUUAUGCAUACCUUUCAGUGGAGAAUUUUGAUGUCAAGGAAGCAAUAGUUUCUGAUGAAAAGACACUAAUUGCAUUGUAUAAGCUUUCCCAUCAAAUUAUUGAUGUGGAAGCUAAAAAUUUUGCCAUUAUUACCAUUGGUAAUAGUUGUCAAAAUCCUGAAUGUUGGGGAAAACCUCUCUUACUAAAACAAAUUUCGGAACAAGUGAAUAAUACACUGAUAUCAAAAGGAUAUUUGGAGCUUUUAUUGGAUAUUAUUAAAAAGGUACCCAAUCCUAAUAGUCCCUUUGGAAAGCCAGGAAUUGACAUGAGCUUGAUUGAGCUUCAAUACAAUUCAAUUAAUACAAUGACUGGAUUAUUGGGAUUUGAGAGUGGAAGAAAGAGAUUUGAAAAGAACAAGGGUGAAGAAAUUUUAACAGAUAUUAUAUUUAAUAGUAAAUUUGAGGCACUGAGAGAUGUCAGUGCAAAAGCUAGGACAUUUUACAUCACCUUGAAUGACUAUGGUGACAAUAUUAGUGAAUUUGUAUUUACCAAGUUUAAGAUUUUGAAUUUCUUAGAUUCUAGGCAUGAUGUUUCUGAACCACCAAAACCAAUCCAGACAGAACCUAUCAAAUCAAUUAAACCACCACAACAACCAUCAUCAAAUGGAAAUAGUAGAGAAGAAAUAAUUAGGGAGGAAACUAUGAGAUUUAUGGAAAUGAAAAAGAAGGGAGAACUUCCAAAUGAUUUUAAUGAGGACUUUUAUUCUAAAUUGAUGAAUGGUAUACUUGGUAUUGGAAUCGUCGGCAUGUCCCAAGACAAGAAGGGUACAUCUGCCAAUGGCAAGAAUAAUCAACAAGUGGAUGAUAAGAAAAUUACUUCUCCAAAGCCAACAAAUACUGUUCCACCUAAACCACAAAAGAAUGUUUAUAAUGAACCAUUAAUAGUGAAGGAUAUUUCACAUUUGUUGAGAGGUGAUUCCACAAAGAAAGAAGAUCAGCCAACAGCACCAAAGGAAGACCCAAAGAAGAAAAAUAAGAAGAAUAAGAAAGGUUCCAAGAGCAAGAAUAAGAAAAAACAGCAACAAGAUGCAAAGAAGUCCAAAAACAAAACACAAGAACCAGUUGACAAUAAGAAGUCAGAACCUUCCUCCCAACAACAGGGCCAUAAUGCUAAUUCUUCAGUUGUUGAACAAAGAGUAAUUGAACUUUCUGAUGAUGAAGAUUCUGAGGAUGACCCACUUACUGAGACAACUACUCCUGUAAAUGUUACACAUGAAGAACCACCACAGCCUAUCAUUGUCAAUGAAUACGAAGGUAAAACUCCAGAGGAAAUAUUCUUAUUAGAAUUUGAAAAAGGCAUGUCAAGACUUGUAAAGGAAAUGUGGAUGUGA